GCGAGCGGGCCGGGGUUUGAACGUUGGCGCCGGCUCAGAUCGGUCGUUUUGGACUCGAGCUGUCGCCGUGGGCACGCAGGGGCGGCAGUGCCUUCUUAUCCCGGCGGCGGGGUAGCUGCCGGCCCCGCCGCUCCGUCCCUGUUCGCCUCGGCGAAUGUUACCGGCUCCCCGAGCCACCUGAGGCCUUCGGUCUGCGGGUUGUUGCAAAUAGAUUUACUAACAGAGCAUGAUGGCCAGUCAGGAGGAGACCUGGGAAAAACUGGAUUCGGAAUUUGACCACUACUUAGUUGACAUGAAACCAUUUGUUCUGAAGCUUAUACAGAAGUCAGAGCGGCAGAGAUGUGCAUUAUGGAUUAAGAAAUUGUGCGAUCCAUCUGGAGCUGGAGCAGGAAUCAUGGGGCGGAAAAAUCGUAACAUGUAUGCCAAGCUUCUACUACACAUGCUCAGACGGGGAGUCCUUGAAGGGCCAUUCACACAAAGGCCAGAACCUGGAUCUCUUAAAACACUGCCUUCUUACAUGUCCAUCUACUUUGAUGAACCCAGCUUUGCAAAGCCACCUGAAAACACUGUUGAGGGAAUACCAGAGUGGGUAACGGGUGAGCUCGGUGCAGGUGAUUCAAAAUCCAGUAAGUCCUGGAGAACCAGCUCUAAAGAUGAUGCAUCUCUUGAUUUUCCACGAGGUGCUCACAGGCGAAGACACACGUACAGUGGCAAGGUGAUUUCUGAGCCCAGACCAGUAACAUCUUCUGAUGACAGUGAUUUUGAAGCAAGAUUGAACAGCUGGAACCUUGGGAUUGAAAACCCCAGAUACCUGCGAGAGAAACCAAUACCUCUGUCUCCGAUUUUACCAAAAGCAAACCAAGGAAAUGUUAGCACGUUAGAUCAAACUCUAAUUCGAAUGCAUGAGAAAGAGAUGGAGAUGAAGUCAAAGAUGCUGGAAGCAAAGUUCCACGAGGAAAAGCUGAACCUGCAGCAAAAGCAUGAUGCAGAUGUGCAGAAGAUACUUGACCGGAAAAAUAAUGAGAUUGAGGAGCUAAAGGCACUUUAUAGAAACAAGCAAAAAGAAUCAGAGGAGAUAAGUAAAAAGCUGGAAAAAAGAGUUCAGACCUUGGUUCGUGAAUCACAGGUUAUACGGGAAAGUAAAGAGAACCAGAUUGCUGAGUUAAAGAAGAUGGCAGGGCAGAGUGCAGAUACUUUGAAAAAUGACUGGGAGCGAAAGUUACACAAUGUUGUGGCUGAACUGGAGCAAGAGAAGUUUCAGCUGCAGAAGAAACACACGGAGAAUAUUCAGGAACUUCUCAAUGAUACCAACGCACGCCUCAAUAAAAUGGAGACAGAAUAUGCUGCUCAGUCAAAGGCCACUAACCAUACUGUGAAAGAGCUGGAGACUCGUGUGCAGCAGUUGACUGUGGAGGCUGAGAAUAGCACCUUAGUGCGACAGAAACUGAUUCAGGAAAAAGGAGAAUUGGAGCAACGUUGUCAAGCAACUUGCCUCGAGUUGCAGGAGAUAAAAUUAAGAUACAACUCUCUUCAGAAAGAAAAGCAGCAGAUGUUGGAGGACCAUGAGAAAACCGGAAGGCAAAUGCAAAUUAAACAUGACUCAGAGUUGAGCAAUACGAAGCAAGAGCACGCACUCUCAGCUGCCAAGGCAGCUGCUGUUAUCGAAGAGCUGGAGCAGAACGUCUGCCAACUGAAGAAAGAGCUGCAGGAGAAUGAGCAUCAGAAACAGCAACAGUUAAGGAAACAAGCAGGAAGGUUUGAAGAAGAAAGACUGCAGCUGGAGCGUCUUCAUGAACGGAAGAUUCACAACUUGUUGACCGAAAGAGACCAAGAGAAAGCAAAUGCACAGAAGCAAAUUUGCAAAUUGGAGGAAGCUGUUCGUGAAAAAGAAGAUCAACUCGCACGGGUGACCGAUUUGCAGAAGUUCCAAGCACAGAAGGCAGAUGCAGCUCUAGAGGAAUUCAAAAGACAAGUCGAGCUAAAUUCUGAGAAGGUCUACUCUGAGAUGAAACUGCAGAUGGAGAAGGUUGAGGCAGAUCUGAGUAGAUCAAAAUCUGUCCGAGAGAAGCAAUCAAAAGAAUUCUCUUGGCAGUUGGAAGAACUCAAGCAGCGAUAUGAACAACAGAUAGUCGAAUUGAAGCUGGAGCAUGAGCAGGAGAAGACGCACCUAUUCCAGCAACACAACGCGGAAAAAGACAGCCUGGUCCGAGAGCACGAACGUGAGAUAGAUAACUUGGAGAAGCAGCUUCGCGCCGCCAUAGUAGAGCAUGAAAACCAGACUCAGGAAUGGAGGAAGCGAGACUCGCAGACUAUUGGAGAGUUGGAGGCCCAAGUCCACCAGCUACGUGAAGAACUUAUCCAGGUUAACUCACAGCGAAAGCAGCAGUUGGUUGAGUUGGGGUUGCUACGUGAAGAGGAGAAGCAGAAAGCUUUGCGUGAUCAUGAAGCUACUGUUAACAAGCUGAAAGCUGAGAUGGAGAGGAUGAAACUGGAGUUGCAGAAGACAAAUGCAGCUGAAAUGGAACAGGCUGUUGAACAGACCAGCAUCAGGUUGAAGCAGAUCGAGAAAGAAUACAGCCAGAGGCUUUUAAAGUCUUCACAGACUAUAGUUGAACUUCAAGGUACGAUUACAUCCUUGCGGGAAGAGAGCAGUCGGGAGCAGCUGGCUGCAGAGAGGCAGCUUCAAGAAGCUGUGGCAAGAUUUGAAGAUGAGAGGAGGCAGUUGAUUAGAGAUAAUGAUAGAGAUAUCAAGGCCCUAGUGAAUGAGGCAGAAAACUAUCGCAACCAGAUCCAAGCAUUAGAGAUGGAGAUGCAACACAAGGAGCUGGACACCCAGGAACAGAUCAUUCACAUCCAGCAAGAGUAUGAAAUGAAGAUCAAAGGCCUGAUGCCGGCUGCAAUUCAAAAAGAACUUGAAGACACCAUUGUUUCCAUGAAGGCUCAGAUAACUCUCCUUCAGAAGAGAGCAUCUGUUCUUCAGGAGGAGCUGAACACCUAUCGGAACAAAAGAUGAUGAACUGCUUUACGAUUUCCUUUCUUCACUCAUACCUUUAGUACAACUAAUAUGGGAGCGAAUUGGAUUCAGACGUAUGUAUCAACAGUGACUGUGUAAGGACAAGAAUCUUAUGUAUGGAAUCGAUGAGAUUAGAGGCUUCAGUAUCCGUGAUAUCUUUCAUUGCACUGAAGGUCAAAAACCCAUUUUUUUCCCCACCAGUGUUGUGUCUGUGUUUCUGUUUUGGUUUGGUUCAGUAACUUAUCUUUUGCUUUUUUUGUUUUUCUGCUUUUCAAGUUGUUUGCACAAUUUUAUUUAUAUAAAAUUAUAAUCUGCAAGUCUGUACAAUGUCAUAUUUUACCAUUAUUUAAGCUUGUUUGUGUGGUCACUAACAAUUCAAGAUCACAUUUAAAAUUAUGUUUUGUAUUGUAUAUCAUUUUGUUUCUUUGAUUUUUAUACUCCAUUUUAUUAAAGCAUCUGUAUCAUGCACACUUGUUUUAUGAUUUUUGAGUGACAUUUUUGAAAGAGCUUACUGCCAUAACAGAAUAAUUUGUUGCCCAUAUCCUAUCUAAAUAAUUAUUUAUUUAUUAUCUUAAAAAUGAUGUCAUAUAUUCAUAGAGUUAAACAAAUUUGCCUAUACUAUCUUUUGAUAGGUCAGCCACCAUUUUUUAAUCUGGACACUUUUUACUAGAUUGGACCCUCAUUUAUCAGCCUGGACUGCCAUUCUUUUGGUCUGGACCCCAUGUUAUAGGCCAGGCUACCUGGAAUGCCGUUAUUAACCUGGAACACAAUUGUCCUGCUCUGGACCCCAUUUUAGAAACUCAGAUUCAACAAUCAGUCCCAUUUGGCAUUUGUACCACAGCUACUUAAUACUCGGAUUUUAAAGGUUGAGACGUAGGUGACCCAAAUAGUGCUGUGAGACAGUGACAAUCAACCAUCUCGUUGAAAUUGUG